CCGCGCCGGUCCACGGAGAGGACGUGCGAAGGCAACGGUGCUCGGUGACCGCAUCUGACACACGACCACCAGCCCGGCGUCGCGGCCUCGCCGCAGCCGGAGCUGCCCGGCCCGGUUGGUUCUGCGGGCGCCCGCGGAGGCCCGGGAUCCGGGAGCCAGGCUGCCAGGAGACGUGGAUGAAAAAGGAUGACAGUGAAGUUGGGCGACGCCGGCAGCGGGGAGGAAGGGCUCAAGAAGCUGGGCAAGCGGACGGCCGAUGAGGAGUCGCUGGACGGAGAGGGGCCCGGCGGCGCGGACGCGGCGGAGGACAGCAGCAGCACAAAGAGGGACGGGCAGACCCCUCGGGCCGCCGGAGCCCCCGCGCCACCCAGAGGGCUGCCGACCCCAUCCCCACCGCAGGGCAGCCCCCAGGACCAGCACCACUUCCUAAGGUCCAGCGUGCGGCCCCAGAGCAAGAGGCCCAGGAAGGACGCACCCUGUGCUGUGGGCAGUGGUGGUGCCAGCGGUUCCGGGCCGCGCGGAAAAGGAGGUGACGGUGGUGCAUCAUCUUCUGGAAACGUGUCUGGGGUUGCUCCUGCCACCCCUGCAGGAGGGCCGCGCUCCUCUUCCCGUAACUUAGGAUCUUCAGGCACUGAGAAGGAGGAAGGAAAGAAGGUCCGGAGGCAGUGGGAGUCGUGGAGCACCGAGGACAAGAACACCUUCUUUGAAGGGCUGUAUGAGCAUGGAAAAGAUUUUGAAGCCAUUCAAAACAACAUUGCUCUGAAGUACAAGAAGAAGGGCAAGCCUGCGAGCAUGGUGAAGAACAAAGAGCAGGUCCGCCAUUUCUACUACCGUACCUGGCACAAGAUUACCAAGUACAUAGACUUCGACAAUGUGUUUUCUCGAGGGCUAAAGAAGUCAUCCCAGGAACUCUAUGGCCUCAUCUGCUAUGGCGAGCUACGCAAGAAGAUUGGGGGCUGUAUGGAUGACAAGAAUGCAACCAAGUUGAAUGAACUCAUUCAGGUUGGAGCCACCACAGUACGGUAUAAAGGGAGGAACCUGCGGAUCAAGGCACCCAUGUGCCGGGCCUUAAAGAAGCUCUGCGAUCCAGAUGGUCUAAGUGAUGAAGAGGACCAGAAGCCAGUGCGCCUACCCCUGAAAGUCCCUGUAGAGCUACAACCACGGAACAACCACGCCUGGGCACGAGUGCAGAGCCUGGCUCAGAACCCACGACUCAGGAUGAUUGUGGAGCUACAUCGAAAAGUCUCUAGCCUCAUCGAGUUCUUGAAGCAGAAGUGGGCUCUCCAUGAAGUACGAAUUCGGAAGACACUUGAGGAGAGGCAGCUACAGGGCUCAAGCACAGUGCAGACCCAAGAAAAGGUGGCAUUGCACCUGUUCCCAGGCGAGAACUGUACACUGACACCGCUCCCAGGUGUGGCCCGUGUGGUACACUCCAAGGCCUUCUGCACCGUACACUGGCAAGAGGGUGGCCGGUGUAAGCAGGGCACCAAGGACACACAUUUGCUGCCUCCAGCCCAGAUCUUGGGCAUCCAGAGUGGGCAGGGACUAGCCCGAGGCCAGGUGAAGUGCCAGAGGGGCAUUUCUGACAGCAAGAGUGGGGGGCGGCUCCUUCCUGCUGCAGAUGCUUCACAGAGUUCAGGGGAGAGCUCCCCUGAGAGUGCUCCUGGAGAUGGGGCAGCUCCAAGUAUGAGCAGCCCGGAUGCCCCUGACAGGCCUCCUCAUGGGCACCAGGACUCUGGACCACCACUUGAGAAGACCCCUGUGGCAGCCCUUGCAGUGGGUGGGGACAGCCCCAUUCAAGAGUCUGGGACCCUGCAGUGUUCCUGCGGCCAGCCCCCAGACUUGGAAGAUGAACUCUCACUCCUUGACCCCUUUCCCCGAUACCUGAAGUCUUGCCAGGAUCUCAUCAUCCCGGAGCAGUGCCGCUGUGCAGACACACAUUCUGGGAGAGAGCACCCUCCUCUGGGCCAGGUAGCUUCCCCAGAGGCCCUGAUACCCAGCAGCAGGGAGGUUGACAGUGGUCCUCCUGGCCUGGACCCUCAUCCUGGCACCGAUCCUCAACCUGACCCCAGGCCUUUACCAGAUAUUUGUAACAAAGAGCCAGCAGAACCACCUCCUGAAGAGUCCCAGGAGAAAGGGAGCCCCUCAGAACCUCUGUUGUCUCAGGGACAGCCUGCUGCCAGGCCUUCAAAGGAAGUCCCUGCCAGCCAGCUGGCCCAGCAGCUACGUGAAGAGGGCUGGAGCAUGCAGACCUCUGAGAGCCUCACACUGGCUGAAGUCUACCUCAUGAUGGGCAAGCCGAGCAAGCUGCAGCUGGAGUAUGACUGGCUGGCUGUACUAGGCCCCGAAAGCCAGGCACCCGCAGCACAGGGCCAGACUGCCCUAUCCCGCUCCCCACCCUCAGCCCUUCACCAGCAGCGCCUCCUGAGCUGCCUCCUGAGGCUCAUCUCAACUGAGGUCCACCCCAAAAUGACUUUUGAAGCAAAUACAGCAUCAACGGCCUCAGUCAGGCCCACCCAGGAGGAACAGUCCACAACUCCACCAGGCAAGGUAGUGACCAUCAGCUCUCGGAGUCCACGCUGCUCUCGAAACCCGUCUGCCCUCCGAAGCAGCAAGCCCUUCCCAUCUGGCUCUGCACCUUGUUCCCCAGGCUUGAGAAACCCCCCCAGGCCUCUCUUGGUGGCUGGUCUGUCCAGCACAGGAAGCAAUGACUCAGAUGGUGGCCUCUUUGCUGUCCCAACAACUUUGCCACCCAACAGUAGACAUGGAAAGCUCUUCUCUCCCAGUAAGGAGGCGGAGCUGACUUUUAGACAGCACUUAGACUCCAUCAGCAUACAGUCAGACUUUUUCUCACCAAAGCCCAAGAAACUACGGAAGCGGCACUUGCGAAAGCCACUGGUGGUCCAGAGGACACUGCUCCCUAGACCUUCUGAAAAUCAGUCCCACAAUGUGUGCUCCUUCUCCAUCCUGUCUAAUUCUCCUAUAGCCGGGAGAGGCUGGUUCCGGCCCAUCCAGUCUUCUCUGACCAAAGCAGCUCUGUCUCGACCGAUAGUGCCCAAGGUCCUCCCAUCUCAGGCCACCAGUCACCUGCCCAGUGCUAUCGACUUAGCAGCUCAGAGUGCUGGCAUCAUCCCUGGAAGUCCCUUGCCAGUUUUAGAUACCGAUGGUUCAUCUGGCAUCUCUCCACUGUCUUCAGAACAAGCAACCACUGCCAUCUCGGGGCAGGGUAACACUGGACCGCACCAGAACAGAGACCCUGUUUCUGCUGUAAGGGGCACUAAUGACCCGUUUGCCAGCAUUCCAAGAGCAGAGCAGGAGCCAAUGACAGACGGCUUCCAGGGAUCAUCUGUUCUGUCCUUACCUGAGCUGCCGAAGGCUCAUCUCCAGAAUGGCCUUUCUACGUCUAUACCCUCAUCAGAGAGCUCCAGCACCCGGCUCUCCCCACCCAAUGUUUCUGCACUGCUGGACAUAUCCCUGCCUGGCCCACCCGAAGAUGUCCUCUCACAGGGAGAACCUGCCACACAGAUUAGUGAUUCCAUCAUUGAAAUUGCCAUCAGCUCUGGCCAGUACAGUGAAGGAGUUCCUCUUUCUCCAGCAAAACUGAAUGGCAGUGACAGCUCCAAGAGUCUUCCCUCCCCAUCCAGCAGCCCCCAGCCCAGCUGGAUUGCCUCUCCCACGCACGACCCCCAGUGGUACCCCAGUGACUCUACAGAUUCCUCUCUCAGCAGCUUGUUUGCCAGCUUCAUCUCCCCAGAGAAGAGCAGGAAGAUUCUACCAACAACUGUUGGGGCCAACAGUGGCACGUCUUUGCUUGGCCCUAGCUUAUUGGAUGGAAAUUCAAGGGACUCUUUUGUGUCCAGGUCUCUGGCUGAUGUUGCAGAAGUGGUGGAUUCCCAGUUGGUGUGCAUGAUGAAUGAGAAUAGCAUUGACUACAUAUCUCGAUUUAAUGACCUGGCUCAAGAAUUGUCCAUCAAUGAGCCUGGCCGCCGGGAGGUUCUUUUUGAUGGUGGAGGAGGUGGUAAUCCCGUUAGUGACCUCUCUCAGUGACUGUGCCUUGUGACACAGGCAUCCUGGAAUCCACAAGGGAGGUCUGCGGAGCUGGUCCAUGAAUUUGUCUUCACAGUAGAGAAAGUCAAGCCCAGAAUCCUGAGAAGACAGUGAACAGGAGCACCUCUGACAGCAAAUGAUAUGCAGCCCAUAGGAGCAGUUGAUCAUGGCCUGUCCAACA